CCAGUUACCGCGCCUGUUCACCUCGAAUCCACGGGUAGACGAUUCUGUGCUAAUGAUUCGGCUAUUCACCUUCUUCCGCCGAUUCUAGGGUUAUAAUUUCUCUCCGAAAACGCUCCUCCUCCGUGAAGCUCUUGGAGAGGAGAAGUGCGUGUUUAGGUUUCCGGCGGCGAUGAAGACGACGCAACUGUUCAAAGGGGCAAACGUGUUCAUGUCUCGAAAUCUGGUGCCCCCUGAAGUCUUCGACACACUUCUCGAUGCAUUGAAGCUUAACGGUGCCGAAAUCUUCCUCUGCUGCGAUCCCUCCCGUAGCGGCCCCUGCGAUUUUCACGUCAUCGCUUCUCCCGAUCACGAGAAGUUCAAGGAUCUUAAAGCUAAGGGUUGCAACUUGAUUGGUCCACAAUGUGUGCUCUCCUGUGCAAAAGAGGGUAGACCGCUACCUCAAGGAGGAUUCAAUUGUUGCCUAGCGAUGGAUGGUCUUAAAGUUCUCGCUUCUGGUUUUCUGAUGGAUGAAAAGGUCAAGAUCGAGGAGUUGGUUACUUCCAUGGGGGGAGUUUUUCUUUCCAAAGCUUCUCCAGAUGUCAACUUCGUCAUUGUGAAGAAUGUCUUGGCUGGCAAGUACAAGUCGUAUAUUCAGAAGAAGCCCGUUGUUGCACUGAGUUGGUUACUUAAGUGUUGGGAUGAGCACCGUGUGGUCCCCCAGGAACCCUACAAGAUUCCUCCUUUUUAUGGACUGACAAUCUGUGUCACAAAAAUUCCAGCAGACGAGCGUAAGGGAAUGGAGAAGCUAAUUUUAGAAUAUGGAGGGAGGUACUCUGGGGAGCUAACAAGGAGGUGUACACAUCUGAUCGCUGAUGCUGCCGAAGGUGACAAGUACAAAGUUGCUCGAAAAUGGGGUCACAUUCAAAUUGUUACACGGAAAUGGUUUCAGCAGUCCAUUGCUAGAAAAGUUUGUCUCAAUGAAGAGUCAUAUCCUGUUCUGGGUUCCAUGCCUUUGAGUAGAGGGGUGAGAAAUUUGGUGAGCCAUGAUGGCCAAGAAAAGUUUCCUGGAUGUCCAAUAUCACUGUCGCCUUCGGCUGUGGCUGCAGCAGACUCAUAUGCUUCUUAUCCUCAGUCUAGAGACUCAGAUAUAGAAGCUUCUGCCUCACAAAAACUUUUUUCCACAUCUAUGAAUCCCAGUACCGAUGUUAAAGAACCAAUUAAAGGCCCAAGUACAGAGCCUCAAGAACAAAAUUUUGAUGGCUGUACUGCCAGGGAUUCAGAAUCUGAAGACAAUGACUUGUACUUAUCAGAUUGUAGAAUUUUCUUGCUUGGUUUUGAAGCUUCUGAAAUGCGUAGACUUGUUAAGUUGGUCCGCAGAGGUGGUGGAUCACGGUAUAUGAUGCUUAGCGAAAGAAUGACACAUAUUGUUGUUGGAACUCCUUCAGAGAGUGAGAAAAAAGAGGCGAGGAGUGUUGCAGCUUCUGGUGUCAUUCAAGUAGUUACACCCAGUUGGCUUGAAGAUUGUGAUCGUGAGAAAAAAGAAAUUCCCAUUCAUAAAUUAUAUACUGCUCACAACCUGAUUCUUCCAAGAGAUUCUGCAUGCUUGACCAAGGGAACCCUGGCAGGGAUGUCAGGUAUGGAACAGGGUAAAAAUACUUUUCCUCAGACCAUGGCAUAUGAUUCCUCUUCAAGGAGUGUCAAUGUCUCAAAUGAGGCAGCAACUUUGCUGGGACAGAAUAAAGAAGCAAUGCUGGAAUUUGGCAGGAAAGAUGAGAUUCACGUGGAAAGAAAAAUAGUAUCACUCGAGAAAAAAGAAACACUUAAUUCCCUUGUAACUAAUAAAACCAAAGAACAACAGAAAAUUCAAUGUGAAAUCAAUGUUCAGAAUAAGCAAGAAAGAAAGUCAUCGGUAUUUAAGGGGAAGACAUUUUGUUUCUCAGAUUCUUUUUCUGAAGAUAGGCGACCUGAAAUCGUGGAAUGGGUGAAUCAAGGAGGAGGAGAUGUUGUAUAUGAUCCUUUUAUGCAUAAUACACAUUUUACUAUUGAAUGCCAUGGUGCGUUCCGGAGUGCUGGGAAUACCCAAACUAUUUAUGUCUCGAGUCACUGGGUUCGAUCUUGUUUAGAGGAUGGUUGUUUACUUGACGUUAGCAGUCAUAUCCUCUAUUCGCCUCUUCCCUGCCAGAUUCCUUUGCCUGGAUUCGAAAGCCUUCGCUUUUGUGUUUCCCGUUAUGAAGAGAAGGAGAAAUUACUCCUGAGAAAUUUGUGUUUUGUUCUUGGAGCAAAAUUUGGGGAAAAACUUACCAGGAGAACGACUCACUUGCUAUGCAAAUUUGCUGGCGGACAGAAGUAUGAGGCCACUUCCAAGUGGGGAACAGUUUGCGUGACAUCUGAAUGGGUUUAUGAAUGUGUUAGACAGAAUCGAGUUGUUUGUCCGGAUAACUUUCGUCCAAAGGAAUUGACCACUCAAGACCGAGAUGCUGGGUUUGGCUUGACCAGUCAACUUCAUACACAGUUUGUGCCAAUGGCCUCCAGUAUGGCCUCAUGUGACAAUGAGUCUCUGCUUGUAAGCCACUCUGAAGACAGGGAAAUAGCUCAAAGUUUUGGUGGCAAAAACGGCUGCGGUAAAAGUGAGGUAAACAACAGACUUGGAGAAACUGGAAGGGAAGAGAGUUUUCCGCCUAAGAAGGCAAAACUUUUGAGAGAUGGUCAGGAAAGUAAUGUGUUUCCUGUGGGAGAACAUCCAAGCAGUUGUGCUCGCACUUUGAAGUCUGGAGAUGGCAUUGUGUCUGGAAAUGACGUAGCAAGUGGUCGUGAAGUUCCAGAUGUGGCUGAUGCUAUUGAGGAUCUGUUGGAGCAGACAAGUAAACUCACUUCAACUAGUGAACAAUACAACAGCGGGGAUCGUUCCGUCACUGGCCUGUCUAGACACUGGAUAAACAGGGUCCUGGAGAAUGACGGCGCAUGCAAUCCUCCAGGAGAUGUAAUUACAGGCACUUACGGAAACUUUAGUGAGACACAGACAGAAUCGCAGGUUGUUGGUUACGAGGAAGAUCUUUCAGGAAGGCAGAUGCUUAUAGACAGAGUUAGAACACGAAGCAGCUUAACAUAAAGAGAUGUAUCCGAGAGACUCUCAAAUCCCGGAGUCUGAAUUGUUUCCAUCCAUGUCUGAGAGAAAUUGGAAUUUGAAAUUGGGUUCAUACAAAUAGUUUGAUUUCGUUAUUGUGUUGUACAGUAUCCUGAUUAAAUCAGAUUUUCGUUUCUCAACUAUGAAAGCCUGAUGAAACAGAGAGAAUUAUUAAUCAAAGAUAGAGUCCUUAUUGGAAUGGAAACAUC